GCACGCAGUAGCCACUCAUUUUCACGCCGCGACGCAAGUUUAAAUUUAAAUCUAUUCCACUUUCGAAUGGGCCCUCACAGCCACCUCGGAAUAGUAAUCGUCAUCAACGAGUAGAUUAUGACAAGAGUGCACUCGAGUGCUCCAACGAUCGGUAUUUGCCUCCAAACCUGUGCAAAUAACUCCGAAUAAAAUUUAAAAAUCACCCCCAGUAAUAAGUUAUGCAAUACAUUUUCGAAUACGUACAAUAGUGCGUACGUUCUCCCAUGAAGUGAAGCAGUGUGUGAAGUUUAACCCAGUGAUAACGAAUAUCAAUCUACGAGUCAGCAACUAUGGAUAGCGUCGCUGAUAUUGUAUUCGUGAGCCGGGAUUAUCAGGCUCAAACGAUGGCCACGGACGAGAUCAGUGUGUCUCGCGGGGAUCUUGUCGAGCUUAUAAGUUCGAAGGCGUCUGAAAAGUCAAGAUGCUUUGUUAGAAUCUUCGAUAGCGGGGACUCCCCCAAAGAGGGCUGGGUGCCAAUAGAGAUCUUAGAAUUUAACCCAACAAUGAGUAGCUCCAAUGGCAAGGAAAACGGUGAUGCGGAAUUUAAAAAGCAAACCAUUCUCAGGGAGCUGGUUGAAACGGAGGAGGAAUUCUCCAGGGACCUUAUGCAUGUUGUGGAAAAGUAUAUCAAGGGCAUUGAUAAGCCGGUGGUGCCGAGGUCUGUGCGCGACAACAAGGAUGUUAUAUUCUGCAAUUUCCUGCAAAUCGCCGAGUUUCACAAUAAUGUGCUUAAGGAAGGGCUAAAGUGCUACAGCAACCAACCGAAUAUGGUGGCCAAGACCUUCCUGCGAUUGGAAAGGGACUUCGACAAGCAUGUGGUGUACUGUCAAAACGAACCCCUGGCGCAGGACUAUCUAAGCUCCAGUCCAGACGCUAAGAAGUACUUCCAAGAACUUUCAAAACAGCUGGGAGACGAUAAAUCUCUUUCAGAACACCUCAAACUUCCCAUCCAGCGCAUAAACGACUAUCAACUUCUGUUCAAGGACUUCAUUAAGUACUCGCUAAGCUUGAAAGAGAACGUUAAAGACUUGGACAGGGCCUUAGAGUUAAUGCUUAGUGUGCCCAGUAGAGCGUACGACAAUAGGUUUCUUUCCAGCAUCGAGGGCUGUCGGGGCAACAUCUACAAGUUGGGACGCCUGCUCCUCCACGACUGGUGCACCGUCGUCGACAAGGAGGGCAAGGCGCACGAUCGCUACUGCUUCCUGUUCAAGUCCCGCAUUUUGGUGACCAAGGUCCGGAAGAUAUCCGACAACAGAUCCGUAUUUAUUUUGCAAAGCAUCGUGAAGCUACCGCUGUGCAACAUCGAGCACAAGGCCGACGAGAAGCAAAUCCAAUUGAGUCUGAAAGCGCCAGACGCCGGCUCCAUUUUUCCGCUACACAUUAAGCCCCACGGCCCAGAGUCCCAUUUGAGUUGGUUCAACGAGAUCUCCUCCCACAUCAACCAAGACGUCACCUUGCAGGAGCAUAAUGCCGAUGACCUGAAGGUCGAUUCAUCGCAAAUCGCAUCCGAAAGUGAGCUCAUUCUUCAUCUCCCCCAACGGGCCGAGGCCCACGAUCCGAAUCUUAGCGUCCGACCCUCGGACGUGGCCGAGAACUACUUCCUUAGCAAGGAGACCAAGGAGCGUCUGCAGCUGGAACAGCAAGAGCUGCUGAAGCUAGAGCAGGAAGCCAUCGAGUUGUACAAAAAGCAGCAAUCUUCAAAGCAAACUUCCACCACACGAACUGAAUCGGUACAGAUCACCAGCACCCAGGUCAAGUCCAGUUCGGAGGUUCGUAGCCAAACACAGGAGUCCAAAGUGACUGCCAAGUCAGAAGAAACAGCAAAGCCACAGGUCAGAGAGGUACCCGUCAAGGUAGUCUCUCCUCCACCACAAGCUCAGCCCGUGACAGUUGCUCCUCCAGCGCCUCAGCCAGUGCCAGUAGCUUCCCAAGCGGUACAGCCAGUGGCAGUUGCUCCUCCAGUGCCUCAGCCAGUUGCUGUUGCUCCUUCUCCUACUGUAAGGGAAACUACUCUUGUAAAGGAAGCAAUUCCUGUCAAGGAAGCGAGUCCGGUGAAGCAAGUGGCACCUCCGCCACAGCCUGAGAAAGCUCCUCCUGUCAAGGAAGAGCCAAAAAUAGAACCUCCGCCAGCUUUGCAUUCCAAAGAAGCUGCAGCUCCCAAACAACCGGCAGAAUCCCGACCAGAAUCUGUAUCCAAGUCCGAAACAACUGUCAUCGAGUUCGCAUCUAGUCAGGUCACAGAAGAGUUUUUGGCCACCGAAGAGACCCUAGCUGCCUCUAGCAGGACGCGGGACUACGAUCGGGGAACCUCCUACGACAGCACCGCCGAGCGAUCGCAGUAUGGAAUAAGCUCUCGACGGGAUCGCAGCUCCAUUGACAAGGUCGAAGCCCGUUCGUCCCUCUUGGCCACCGGCCGUACAGAGAGCCGUGCCGCAAGCCGCGCCGCCAGUCGUGCCGAAAGCCGUGCGGAAAGCCGUGCCUCCUACUCGGUGGCUGAAUCGCGUGCCGGUAUCCGGUCUUCGUCUCAACUCCUUGAGGAUCGACCCCUGCGUUCCGUAGAGAAGCCCGUGGUUGUAAAGAUGCUGAAGAGCGUGCAAGUGGAUCCUGGAGAGACGGCUCACUUCGAGAUCCAAUUCAAGGAUCAGCCCGGCCUUGUCACCUGGCUGAAGGACAACAAGCCUCUGGAGGACCGUUUGGCUGAUCGUAUUACCCAGACCGCUGCUCCGAUGAAUUCAUACCGCUUGGACAUAAAGAACUGCACUGAGAGCGAUGCAGGAACUUACACCAUUCGGGCCCAGUCUGCUUCCGAGACAACAACUGUUUCGGCUCAGCUUGCCGUGGGCCAAGCACCAGGACAUGACGAGACGAAAACUAACACGGAGCCGGCCUUCCUGGUUAGCCUGAAGGACGCCGAAAUGAUCGAGAACACUCUCUUCCGUUUCAUGAUCAAGAUUAUUGGCGAUCCCAAGCCCAGGGUGAAAUUCUACAAAGAUGAAAAGGAGAUACUUGAGGUCAACGAUCGGAUUCAAAUUAUCCGAGACAAGGACUACCUGGGCUUCUAUGAGCUGGUCAUUGCCGAUGUCCAGAAGUCCGACAGUGGAAAAUACUCGUGCAAGGCCACCAACAAGUUUGGUGAAGCCAAUUGCGAGGCUGUGGCCACAACAGUGGAGGACAAGAAUCCGUUUGGGGCACUCAGCGGACAGAUUCUUCCGGCCGGUGAGAAGCCAGUCUUCCAAUGGAAGCGAAACGGCGAGGAGUUUGAUCCGGAGGAACGCUUCAAGGUGCUUUUCGGCGAGGACGAGGACUCUCUGGCUCUGGUCUUCCAGCACGUGAAGCCCGAGGAUGCUGGUAUCUACACCUGCGUUGCUCAAACCUCCACCGGAAACAUCUCGUGCAGUGCCGAGCUCUCGGUUCAGGGCGCCAUUCAGACACUGAACCGGGAGCCCGAGAAGCCCACCCUGGUGAUCGAGCACCGCGAGGCGAACGCCAGCAUCGGCGGCUCGGCUAUUCUGGAGCUGCAAUGCAAGGGCUUCCCCAAGCCGGCGGUGCAGUGGAAGCACGACGGUGAGGUCAUCCAGGUGGACGAUAGGCACAAGUUCAUGUACGAGGAUGAGGAGAGCAUGUCGCUGGUCAUCAAGAAUGUCGACACCGCCGAUGCCGGAGAGUACACCAUUGAGGCUAUAAAUGAGCUAGGCCAGGACGAGUCUACCAUUAACCUGGUGGUGAAAGCUCCUCCGAAGAUCAAGAAGAUUACGGACAUUACUUGCUCGGCCGGGGAGACCAUCAAAAUGGAAAUUGAAGUGGAGGGCUUCCCACAGCCCACGGUCCAGGUAACCAACAAUGGCAAGGAUGUGACCGCCGAGAGCAACGUAAAGAUCUCCUCGACCUCCAUUGGCAAGAGCCUCGAGAAGGUCGUUGUGGAGAUGAAGGAGAUCAAACUGUCGCAGGCGGGCAACUACUCCAUCAAGGCCACCAACGAUCUCAGUCAGACCUCGGAGUACUGGAGCUGCACGGUCAAGUCAAAGCCAGUGAUUGUGAAGCACUUUGAGAGCGAGUACAUUCACGGCGAGAAGGAGACCGUGCAGAUGACGGUGCGCAUCGAUGCGUAUCCGGAGGCCAAGCUGAUCUGGUACCACGACGAGACCGAGAUUAAGGUGACCGAGUCGAAGUACACCGUCAGCAGCGAUGGCAACGCCUACACUCUCAAGAUAACCGGAGCAACGCGGGUGGAUGCCGGCAAGUACACCGUUAAAGCCACCAAUGAGCAUGGAUCCGCCACCAGCACCACCGAUUUAUUGAUCAAGUGCACUCCGGAGUUCACGCAGAAGCUGAAGAACAUCACGGUAGCCGAGGGCGACUCCAAUGUGGAGCUAGUGGUCGGCGUGGAUGCCUAUCCGCGUCCCCAUGCCAAGUGGUACAUUGAUGGCAUCGAAAUCGAUGAGAAGCGGAAUGACUUCCGUCACGUGGAGGAGGGCAACAACUAUAAGCUUAUCCUUAACAAGGUGGCUACCAAUCAGCAAGGAAACUACACUUGCAAGAUAAUGAAUGACUACGGAAAGCUGGAGGAUAGCUGUGUGGUUACCGUCAACUGUAAGCCCAAGGUUAAGCGGGGUCUGAAGAACAUCGAAGUUCAGGAGGGCAAGUCUUUCACUCUGGAGGUCGAAGUGUACAGCGAACCGGAAGCUAAAAUCAAAUGGUUCAAGGAUGGCCAUGAAAUCUAUGAAGAUGCUCGCAUUAAGAUCUCUCGGGACACUCAGCGCAUUGAGAAUUACUAUCUUACACUGAAUCUGGCCAGAACCGAGGAUGCGGGCACUUAUGAGAUGAAGGCAACCAACUUCAUUGGCGAGACGACCUCAACCUGCAAGGUUGCUGUGCUAACGAGCGACUCGGUGUCUGUGGGACAGACCGUGACAAAAACUAUGAUUGCGACGACCGAAGAACCUGAAGAAGGGGCUAUUCCGGAAAUCGUGCACGUAGAUGUCUUCCAGCAGCACAGCUACGAGAGCGUGCCGCUGAAGUACGAAGUUAUAGCCACGGGUAUUCCCAAACCCGAAGCUAUAUGGUAUCACGAUGGGAAACCUAUUACAGCCGACAAACAUACGGCCAUCAGUGUUGAUGGGGAUCAUUAUAAACUGGAGGUGGAAUCUCUGGAUCUGGUGGAUGCUGGAGAAUAUAAGGUUGUCAUACAGAACAAGUGUGGCGAGAAGUCGCAUCAGGGAGAUCUCUCUUUGUCGGGUAUUGCCGAGUAUCGCAAGCCCAUCCUGACAUCUGGUCCUGGACUGAAGGACAUCAAGGUCAACAAGGGUGAUAAGGUCUCCGAGCCAGUUGUGUUUACCGCCGAUCCUGCUCCAGAAAUUGUUUUGCUCAAGGACGGCCAGCCCGUUAAGGAGACCAACAACCUGAAGCUGAAGGUGGAGAAGAAGGACAUUGAGAAUGGCCUGGUUCAGUAUACGUGCACUCUAAACAUCCUGGAGGCUGACAUCAAGGAUUCUGGACGCUAUGAACUGAAGGUGAAGAAUAAGUUUGGAGAGCUGGCCACGAGUGGCUGGAUCGAUGUGCUGGCCAAGCCAGAGAUCUCUGGACUGGAUGACCGCAAGUGCCUGCCGGGCGACACCAUUUGUUUUGAGGCUCUUGUCCAGGCCAAUCCGAAACCCAAGGUAUCCUGGACCCGUGGCAACGAGAAUUUGUGCAACAACGAGAACUGUGAGGUCAUCGCCGACGUCGAUGCCGACAAGUACCGCCUGGUCUUCCAGGCCGUCUCUCCCUCCGAGGAUGGCAAGUACACAAUCACGGCCGUCAACAGCGAGGGAAGGUCCACGGUGGACUUCAAUCUGGCUGUGCUUGUGGAGAAGCCCACUUUCAUUGUGCAGCCCGAGAGCCAGAGCAUCCACGACUUUAGGCCAGUCUCCACCAAGGUUCUGGUUCAUGGCGUUCCAAUGCCAACUAUCGAGUGGCUUAAGGAUGACAAGCCUAUCAACUACGAGGCGGUCAAUAAGCCAGGCAAGGACAAGCUGUACAGCAAGGAGGAUACCAAGAAAGGAACCGACCAAAUCGAGAGCGUGUUUGAUAUCAAGACAUUCAGGGAAAACGAUGUUGGGGCGUACACAUGUGUGGCUACCAAUGAAAUUGGAGUGACCAAAGCACCCUUCAAGCUGGGACUACUGGCCCUCGCACCCAGCUUUGUGAAGAAGCUGGACAAUGCUCUGGACGUGCUGCAGGGUGAGCCCCUUGUCCUGGAAUGCUGUGUCGACGGAAGUCCUCUGCCCACUGUUCAGUGGCUGAAGGACGGGGAUGAGGUUAAGCCAAGCGAGAGUGUAAAAUUAUCCACAAGCCCCGAUGGCCUGGUCAAGCUGGAAAUCAACAAUUGCCAGCCCAACGAUUCGGGCGCUUACAAGCUGAUUAUUUCUAAUCCUCAUGGCGAGAAAGUGGCCUUGUGCGCCGUCGCUGUUAAGCCCGAGGAGAUGCAACCCAAGUUCCUCAAGCCAAUCACCGGCCAAACUGUCGUGGUGGGCGAGCCCCUAAAGCUGGAGGCUCAGGUCACCGGCUUCCCAGCCCCAGAGGUCAAGUGGUACAAGGACGGAAUGCUGCUGCGUCCAAGUCCGGAAAUUAACUUUAUCAACAGCCCCAAUGGUCAGAUCGGUUUGAUCAUUGAUGAGGCUCAGCCUCAGGAUGCUGGAGUCUACAAGUGCUUGAUUGCCAACAAGGGUGGCGAGAUCGAGGGUGUGUCCAAGGUGGAGAUUGUGCCCAAGGAGUCGAAGCCGGCAUUUGUGGCCGAGCUGCAGGAUGCCUCCAGUAUCGAAGGCUUCCCCGUCAAAAUGGACGUCAAAGUGGUUGGUUUCCCUCAGCCGAAACUGCAAUGGUUCCACAAUGGGCACGAAAUCAAGCCCGACCAGGGCCACAUUUCGAUUGUGGAGAAUCCGGACAAGAGCACGAGCCUGAUCAUUGAGAAGACUGUUCCUGGUGACUCCGGAUUGUACGAAGUUAUUGCCCAAAAUCCCGAGGGAUCGACAGCCUCCAAAGCGAAGCUCUAUGUGGCUCCCAAGGCCGAUGAAACUGCCGCCGAGGAGGCACCUCAAUUUGUGUCUGCCCUGCGUGAUGUAAAUGCCGACGAGGGCCAGGAGCUGGUGCUGUCCGCUCCAUUCAUUGCCAACCCGAUGCCCGAGGUUAUUUGGACCAAGGAUGGCGUUACUCUAACUCCCAACGAGCGCCUGCUGAUGACUUGCGAUGGCAAGCACAUUGGACUGACCAUUAAGCCGGCUGAGGCUGCAGAUUCCGGCAACUACUCCUGCCUCCUGGCCAAUCCUCUCGGUGAGGACUCGUCCGCCUGCAACGCUAAUGUCCGCAAGGUCUACAAGCCGCCGGUGUUCACACAAAAGAUUUCCGACCAGCAACAGGUAUUUGGCAACAAUGCCAAGAUUCCGGUGACUGUCUCCGGAGUUCCAUAUCCGGAGCUGGUGUGGUACUUCCAGGAUAAGCCCAUUCCCACCAAGUCUGACAAGUAUAGCAUCAAGAACGAUGGUGAUCAUCACAUGCUGAUUGUCAACAACUGCGGGAAAGAUGACCAAGGUGUCUACAAGUGCAUUGCCAGCAACAGGGAGGGCAAGGACAUCACCCAAGGACGCCUCGAUAUCGUUAAUGAGAUUAAAAAGCACUCUCGCUCGGAGCCUCCAGUAUUUCUCAAGAAGAUCGGCGACUGUGAUAUCUAUGAGGGCAUGGUGGCCAAGUUCACGGCUUGCGCCACGGGAUAUCCGGAACCCGAGGUGGAAUGGUUCAAGAACGACCAGAAACUGUUCCCCUCGGACCGCUUCCUCAUCGACAUCGAGCCCAAUGGCCUGCUCAGGCUGACCAUUAAAAAUGUUACCGAAUACGAUGUGGGCCGCUAUUCCUGCCGCAUUUUCAAUCCCUACGGCGAUGACAUCUGCCAUGCCGAGCUCUUUUACGAUUCUCUGGACAGCCAGCAAAAGCCGUUGGAGGACCAGUAUACCGACUUCAAGAAAUACAAGAAGUCUGGUGCUCCUCCACCGCUCUCGGAGGGUCCAAUUAUUUCUCGUAUGACGGAUCGUGGCCUGCUCUUGUCAUGGAAUCCAUCGGUGCCAUUGACUCCACGUUAUCCCAUCACCUACCAAAUCGAAAUGAUGGAUCUGCCCGAGGGCGAUUGGCGCACUUUGAGAACUGGAGUACGGAGCUGUGCCUGCGAUAUCCGCAAUCUGGAGCCCUUCAGGGACUACAGAUUUAGGGUGCGAGUAGAAAAUAAGUUUGGUGUUAGCGAUCCCAGUCCCUACACGCAAACUUACAGGCAAAAACUGGUGCCGGAUCCACCGAAAACCUACACAUACCUGCCACCAGGCACAGAUUUCAGGCCAGAGACUUCGCCCUAUUUCCCCAAGGACUUUGAUAUCGAGAGGCCUCCUCAUGAUGGCCUAGCUCAGGCUCCUCAAUUCCUCUUGCGCGAAAACGACAUUAGCUAUGGAGUUAAGGAGCACAACACAGAGCUGAUGUGGUUCGUCUAUGGCUACCCCAAGCCAAAGAUGACUUAUUACUUUGAUGACAUGCUCAUCGAGUCGGGUGGCAGGUUUGAUCAGAGUUACACCCGAAAUGGCCAGGCCACGCUCUUCAUAAACAAAAUGCUGGAUCGCGACGUUGGCUGGUAUGAAGCUGUGGCCACCAACGAACAUGGCGAGGCCAGGCAACGCGUGAGGCUGGAGAUUGCUGAGCAUCCUCGUUUCCUGAAGCGACCGGAUGAGACCUUCAUCAUGGCCCGCAAGAAUGGCAGGAUCGAGGCCAAGCUGGUGGGCAUUCCGUUGCCGGAAGUGCAUUGGUUCAAGGACUGGAAGCCCAUUGCCGACUCUUCUCGCAUCAAGAUAAGCUCCUAUGACCCGGAUAUUUAUGUGCUGUCGAUUCACGACUCCAUCAUCAAAGAUGGUGGACUGUACUCCAUCAGUGCCAGGAAUAUUGCUGGCUCCAUUAGCACCUCGGUGACUGUGCACAUUGAGGAGAACGAGGAUCAGUAUAUCUACAAGACCUACGGCAGACAUCCGUAUGUGCGCUCCAAGCAACUGCGCUACCAGGACAAAUACGACAUUGGCGACGAGCUGGGCCGCGGAACCCAGGGAAUCACCUAUCACGCCGUGGAGCGAGCCACUGGCGACAACUACGCCGCCAAGAUUAUGUACGGCCGGCCAGAGCUGCGUCCAUUCAUGCUCAACGAACUGGAGAUGAUGAACAUGUUCAAUCACAAGAACUUGAUCCGUCCAUACGACGCCUACGACACCGAUCGCAGCGUGACUCUGAUCAUGGAGCUGGCUGCCGGUGGCGAGCUGGUGAGGGAUAAUCUGCUCAGGCGUGACUAUUACACGGAGCGCGACAUCGCCCACUAUAUCCGGCAGACACUGUGGGGUCUGGAGCACAUGCACGAAAUGGGAGUGGGUCACAUGGGACUUACGAUCAAGGAUCUUCUGAUCUCCGUGGUUGGUGGUGAUUACAUCAAGGUGUCUGACUUUGGUUUGUCAAGGAAAAUCAACAGGCAUAACCUUUCCACCUUGGACUAUGGCAUGCCUGAGUUUGUCUCACCCGAGGUCGUGAACAAGGAGGGCGUCAACUUCUCGCACGAUAUGUGGACUGUGGGCCUGAUCACCUACGUCCUGCUGGGCGGUCACAAUCCCUUCCUGGGCAUCGAUGACAGGGAAACCCUCACAAAGAUUCGCGAAGGUCGCUGGGACUUUAAGGACGAGAUUUGGACUCACAUCUCGGACGAUGGUCGUGACUUCAUCAGCCGGCUGCUGCUCUACAGUCCCGAGGAACGUAUGGAUGUUAAGACUGCUCUGAAGCAUCCAUGGUUCUUCAUGCUGGAUCGCCAGGUGUACGAUCAUGACUACCAGAUCAACACCGAUCGCCUGAGAAACUACUACGACCACUUCAGGGACUGGUAUGCCAAUGCCUCCUGCAAGAAUUACUUCCGCAGGCGCCGCCUCAGCGGUUGCUUCCAGCAUCCAUCCAAGAUGGUCUAUCCCCCGGGACACGUUUACACGCCCGAGAACACCCCAGAGCCGCUGCCGGAGCCAAGGAAGCGGGCAAAGCGCGAGGAAGUCGUUUCGAAAUACUUGCAUCCCGAUUACGAGCUGGGUCUGAUUCAAUCGGAGAGCCACUACCAAUAUGGCCCCGAUACGUAUCUUCUGCAACUGCGAGAUGUCAACUUCCCUGUCAGAUUGCGUGAGUACAUGAAGGUGGCUCAUCGACGAUCCCCUUCAUUUGCCUUGAACGAUUCCGUGGAUUGGUCUCUGCCCGUGAUCCGCGAGAGACGUCGUUUCACCGACAUUAUGGACGAGGAGAUCGAUGACGAGCGCACCCGCAGCCGCAUCAGCAUGUAUGCGGCCAACGAUUCGUAUUCCAUCCGUCGCCUGCGCACGGAGCUGGGUCCCCGUCUGGAUGAGUACACCGAGGCCGAUGCCAUGAUCGAGACCCAGCGGGAGGGCUACCCACCGUUCUUCCGCGAGAAGCCACAGACGAUUGCCAUAACCGAGAACCAGCCCAGCCACAUCCACUGCUUCGCUGUGGGUGAUCCCAAGCCGUGUGUGCAGUGGUUCAAGAACGACAUGGUGCUGUCCGAGAGCAAGAGGAUAAAGAUUUCGGUGGACGAGGAUGGCCGUUCCAUCCUGCGCUUCGAGCCAGCCCUGCACUUCGAUGUGGGAGUGUACAAGGUAGUGGCCAGGAACAAGGUGGGCCAGACUGUGGCCCGCUGCCGCAUCGUGGUGGCCACUCUGCCCGAUGCCCCCGACUCGCCGGAAAUAUCCGCCAACAGCGGAUCCGAGAUUCUACUCCGCUGGAAGCAGCCCCGUGACGAUGGCCACUCCACAGUGCUGUGCUACAGCCUGCAGUACAAGUUGAGCAACUGCGAUGCCUGGACCACGGUGGCGGACAACAUCGACCACGAGUUCUACUUGCUGCAUGACCUGCAGCCGAACACCAGCUACCAGUUCCGACUGGCCUCCAAGAACCGCAUCGGCUGGAGCGAGAUGGGCAUACCCGUGUCUGCGUCCACGUCGGGAGCUGAUGCCCCCAAGAUCCAUAUCACCAAGGCCAUGAAGCAUUUACAGCAGCUCACAGAGAACGGGCACGAGGUGGUGCCCGAGGAGGAGCGCGUGCACACCGACUACCAUUGUGAGCGCGAGCCGCCAAACUGGGUGACCGACUCCUCUGUCAGCGACAAGUACAGCUUCAUCUCGGAGAUCGCCCGUGGUGAGUUUAGCACCAUUGUCAAGGGCAUCCAGAAGUCCACCGACACCGUCGUGGUGGCCAAGAUCCUGGAGGUGACCGACGAAAAUGAGGACAACGUGGUGGCCGAGUUCGACAACUUCAAGACUCUGCGCCACGAACGCAUCCCGGCGCUGUUCAGCGCCUACAAGCCCCUGAACGUGCCCAUUGCCAUCUUUGUGAUGGAGAAGCUCCAGGGUGCCGAUGUGCUCACCUACUUCAGCAGCCGGCACGAGUACUCCGAGCAGAUGGUGGCCACCGUGAUUACCCAGCUGCUGGAUGCCCUGCAAUAUCUACACUGGCGCGGAUACUGCCACCUCAACAUCCAGCCCGACAACGUAGUGAUGGCCUCGGUGCGCUCCAUUCAGGUGAAGCUGGUCGAUUUCGGAUCGGCCAAGAAGGUCAACAAGCUGGGCGUUAAGGUUACGCCAUGCGGAUCUCUGGACUUCCAGCCGCCCGAGAUGAUCAACGAUGAGCCAAUAUUCCCGCAGAGUGACAUCUGGUCGGUGGGUGCCCUUACCUACUUGCUCCUGUCCGGAUGCAGUGCAUUCCGCGGUGCCGAUGAGUACGAGACCAAGCAGAACAUCUCCUUUGUGCGCUACAGAUUCGAGAAUCUGUUCAAGGAAGUCACUCCCGAGGCCACCAGAUUCAUUAUGCUUCUUUUCAAGCGCCAUCCCACAAAACGACCAUACACCGAAGAUUGCUUGGAGCACAGGUGGCUCAUGUCGUCCGACUACAUGGUUAGGAAGCGCGAACGUGCCAUCUUCUUGGGCAGCCGUCUAAAGACGUUCUGCGAUGAAUACCAUGACCUAAAGAAUGCCACGGCCACAUCAUCCAAGGUCCUGAACACGGUCGCCGGCGGACCAACACCUACUCAACUACUUCGAUCGAACAGCAUCCAGGAGGAAUUGCUCACAACAUUUUAGUCAAUUAGUAGCGAAGUGGUAGUGUUAAGCAAACAAAUGUUGUUUUUAUUUCUUGUAUAUAUGGAAUAUAAAUAAUUAUACACAA